GUCAAACACGACACGAGAGAAGCGAAGAAAAAGAAAACGAAAGAGGCGAAAACCUGAUUCGCUACCGACCUGACCUCGCCGCCGGUCUCCGAUUCUCCGCUCGCCUGCUCUGCUCUGCUCCGCCGCCUCUCCGGAAAAGGAAAAACAGUAGUACUGAAUAAUAGACAAGGAUGGCUUCUACUGGCGUGAAAGAUUUCUACCGGCAGAAGAAGAAAGGAGGUGCCGGCAAAACUUCAGCAUCUUCCAAGAAGAAAACACAGAAUUACACUGGAGGGGCCUCUGUUGGGGCUUCAAAUAAGGCUCAGACAGCAGCACUAAUUUCUCACGGAUCCUUAGACCUCAAAGAUGAUUUCAGUGAGCAAGAGGAGCAGCUGCGGCAGUUUGACAUGGACAUGAAGUUUGGCCCAUGCAUCGGUGUCAACCGGCUUCAGCGCUGGGAGCGUGCUUCCGCCAUGGGCCUCCAGCCACCGCCCCACCUUCAUGAUCUCCUAGCGCGUGCCUCCUCCGGAAACAACCGCAACAACGGCGGCCCCUCCCCUGAGUGCCUCUGGGAGGAUGUUGCUACUUCCACUCUUGCCAGUGUCAUCUUCAGUUUGCCCCGCGCAAGUUGCUUAAUUGUGCCUUUUUUUCUUCUUCAAAAUUAUGCCAUCCUCGAGAGGAUUUAAUGGGCAGGUCCGUUUCUGUCUGAUUCUUGUCCAGUAAGUACGGUUUUUUUGGUUU